CCCACAAUUAAUGGCGCAUCGAGUAGUAAAAAGUGAUCUGUUAUUUUCUAGCUACGGAGCUGCAUUUUUGUGCCAAUUAUGUUUUUGUGUUUUGCGAUGGCCCAGAUGAUCCCCUUUUCGAAACAUUGACACUUGCCACACGCACGACAGGUCCACUGUGCUCAUUUGUGAUUCUUUAUUUCCCUUUUUACUGAAGAUCCGCCGAUCGAACUUUUGUUUCUGCCAAUGAAUUAAGUAACGUAGACGCUGCAAAUAUAGUAGAAGCAACAAUCACGAGGACGAGAAGAACGAAUCCCGUGAGACGUAGCGCAUAGUCGUGUACUACUAGUAAAAGCGAGUCCAAUUAUACGUGUUUGUACUUGUCGGUUACAAGAAGGAACAAACCACAAACACGACGACCCCACUGCGGCACUAGAACUUUUCCUCUUUGUCGUUGAACCGCUGGUUGAUGCUGUCCACCUACUAGAAGUGGCUUUACGUCGACCACAGAGGCAGUAAAAUAUUCGUCCCGCGGCAUCCAUCUUCGGUCCUGCUAAAGCACAAAGCACUGUGAAAACGGUCACGCCGGUUCGGACAAGGUCAUCUUCCUGCAAGCGGACCGCUCGCAACGCACGCGGGAAGAACAGGAGCAGGCUCUUUUUCGAGGAAGAAGAGAGGCGUUAAGUUUUGAAUUUGCCGUCGGAGCAGUUGCAGCACGUUCGAACUAGGGCGACAGUCAUCUGACGGAGAAAUUACAAAGGCUGACCAAAAAAAUAAUUGAAGUUGGAGCUCCACGCAGGAAGAAUUUUUCCACAACCACCCUGCCACGACCCACGGAGAUAAACCGUCGCGACAGGAGGAGCAUAGGAGCAGAAGAACCCACGGAAUAUAAACACAUCGCGAACUAGAGGAACUACACACGACCUUGUUGGACUCCUUCCGCUUCACUUGUAGUACCAAAAUACUAGAUCGCCCAGCAUGGAGAUCGUGAUCUACCUUCUCGGCAACUGGUGUUGCAUAGGGGCGGCCUCCAUCAUCAUAUACAACUUCAUCAUCCGCAGGGGGCACUGCAAGGACAGCGAACGCGACCUGCAGAUAUCAAAAGACAUGCAGCUCAUGCUCUUUCUCGGGACCUUCGUCCGCUUCUACUGGUCCAUGAGCCCACCACCAAUCUGGUACAGAAGAUUUUUUGCUUCCGACGUUUAUAAUUCUUCAAAUUACACUCCUGUAAUGUACUCAUGACACCAGAGCAGCUCGUGUGUGAUUGUGCGGCAGCAGUGUCAUUGCUGUCAGUCUGUAAUACCUCAACAGUAUCACAACACGCAGUUCAUUCUAGAAGAGUCGGUGCUGCAAUCUAGAUGUACUGGAUGCUCUUCAUUUCGCCCUCCACCGCUGAUAGAGAAAUACAUUGCACUUCGAAUAUAAACUGAUCUUGUUCUGCUCAGCAACAAAUAAAUUGGAGUGGUUUGUUUCCGAAAAUACAGAGUGGUUUGUGCUUGAGUCGAUUGCUUGAAUUAUCACAGGUCUGAGGAGCCGGUACCAAUUCAAUGGGUGUCAAUUUUCGACCUGAUUUUUUCCAUUCUGAUGUGGGGCCUCUGCGUGUGCUGCUCAACAGACUACGGCGUGCAGUUUAUGAAUUCCAUGGGCGGAGUUGGCCGUGGCGGAUACAACGCAGUCCCGGGACAGGCGGAGUUUGGUAUUCAUUGCGACUUUAUCUUCCUCUCGCUCUCGACAACUUACUACGCAGAUCUAGUAGCUACCAUACGAACUUUUCUCGAUAUGACGGAAGAGACCCGAGAUUUCUUUCAGUUUUCCGGGAAGAAGUUUUCAACAAAAGUUUUUCUUUGUGUAGCCUCAUGCGCUAUCUAUCGAUCUAUUAGUAGAGGACGGCGACCGCUUGUUCCAAAUCCAAAAGCAUCCAUUUUUUCAUCGCUAACAAAUCGUACGACAACAGACGGCCUGGUGCAAGACGACUCAACUGGUUAUGCGGGCGGCUCGGGCGGCGUAGGAGGUUUCGGGUCGGGCAAACCGCAAAACCAGUCGGCCCUCUACCGGUACACGCGAUGGCCCUUCCUGACCGGCGGCGCCGCGGUCACCGCUUGGCUGCUCACCCACCUGCUCCCCAGUCUGCACAUGCCGGGCGCCUGGAUACUAGUCGACUUCGCGGUGGUCUUCAACAUGCUCCUGGACGGCUGCGCCAUGGUGCCGCAGGUGAUACUCAUCCACUCCAGCAGGACAAAAACUCCGGUGGAGGCCAGCCACUUCGUCGGCCUGCUCUGCCUCGGUAUGGUUCAAUGUUGAUAGGAUACGGAGCAUGUGCGUUUUUGUUCUAUAUUAUCUGCUCAACAGGAGCAGAUGCCUUUGCUUGCAUCACCACCGGACUAAGUAUUACGUUGCAUCAAGAACUAGUACAUCGAAGCAUGAAGAAAGCCAUCUCUUUCAUUCAUCACGCAGGCCGCCUACUCCGAAUGAUCUUCUGGCUCUGGUUGGUGCUGCACCCGGAUUCCGGGCACGCAAUAUGGACGUUCGUCGUGCCAGAUCUGCUCCACACGGUGAUUAUGGCAGAUUACCUGUACCACUACCUGCAGAAGCUGAAAAGGGACAGGAUCGACCCCUACUUCGUCGAUUAUAUGACUCACGUAUAAAAAACACACGCGAUCGCGGCAGCUGCGGAAUAAACAUGUACGAAAGGGAAGUAAGUUGUGAGUCAAAACAUUACAGAUGAACACCUAACGAAAGGCGGCAAGCCCACAACUUUCAAAUUUUGUACGUCGUUGGUCCUCCAUUUGGGUUCACGACAAAUGAAUCGCUCUGUUGAUUCUUCUUUUAUUGUUUUAUCGAAGAUUACAUCAAAACUAAUGAUAGUGUGGCGAAGUUUUUCCUGCUUCGCUUCACUUGUCCUUUUUCUUUUACAACAGGUUUGUUAUACGCGUUUGUAAAAAUGAAUUCUUCCGCACAUCACUCUAUAGUGCUUCGCAGACCGGCACUGCAUGACGAGCAUGGGAAUCGAAUACUUAAAUCUCUGCUGCAAACGCCCUUUGCAGCAAAGGGGGUCCAAUAUUCAAUCCCUGGCUCUACUUUUCCGCGCCAGCACUGGCCGACAACGGAGAAUUCCAGUCAACGACGUGUGACAUCUGUCGCCGAAGUUAAAUUUUAAGCUACAAGGACACGGGGUAUCUUGAGAUAGGAAUCCAGAAAAGCGGAUACUAGCCAUAGAUAUCAUCCUUUUCUGGUUCACUUCUGAUAGAGCCUUGUUACAACUCAUUACUAAACCCGGUGUAAGUUUUACCCUACGCAGCUCACUCGAAGACAAAGACGGCAGUUGUCUGUUCAAAGUAACAGACAGGUGAGCACGACGGAAAGUUUACUUUUACCACCAGCUUAUCCCCAGAUAAAGAACGCACAACCUGUCGCCUCCUCUUUCUAUUUUUCCAAAAAGAGUUCCGGACCGCACGAGCCUGCGACGCCGGGUCGUGUUUUGUCCUGCCUUUUUCUUGCGGUUUGCGUGGUUUAGUCCUACUCUUAAGGGGGGACGCGGAAAUGUAGAGAAUGAAUCUUACGUACCUUGAAUAAGAUGGCUUGUCGCUACACAGAUUCUAAGUAAGUACUUACUUGCUCCCCGGAACAACAUGUUACACACUUUAGACUCACUUGCUCCCCGGAACAUGAACAUACUACACCAGGAAAUCUGCCAUCCCUAUUUGAGCUCCUUAUCCACUUGUCCUGACAGCACCCGCGAGUAGCGUUUUCUCUGCGGUGCUCUGUUUGGGCAGGGAAGACGCAGUCGAAAAAAAUUAUGGUUGGAGAAAAAACAAUUAUACCGGGGGGCGACAGAAGACCGUGCAAGUAAAGCAAAUUUCGGGCCGUACUAGAGCAAGUUCACACGACGACGACCAACAACAUGCGGAAAGAGAGACGGAUUUGAGGAGCGACAUGCCUUGACGGCCAUACACAUAUUCGAAUCUUGAAUUAUCCAGCGACGCUAUAGUUUUCAAACACCACCACACCCACUACCUCAACAGCGACAAAAGACCAGAAGGCGUCUGUGCUCCGUCUGUCUUCAGUUGUGAAAGAACUUGAAGAACUUCGUUAGUUGUAAAAGUACAGAUGAACAUCACCUGAAGAGCCUGAAGCCAGGCUGGGUACCCGA